GUCAGAGAAUAGUAAGUUACAUUGAUCUAAAAAUUAGAAAAUUUGGGUUUAUGUGAAAGUUAAACACCACCCAAAGAAGAAAACAAGUUGUCUUUCAGUACUUAGAUCCAUUGACCAUGUGCAUUUCUUGAAUUCCCUCAGCUAUAAAAGCCCAAUUAAACCUUCAAUCUAUUCACAAGCACAAGCUCAAAAUGAAGAUCAACCAAUUUUUCCUUCCCUUCCUCAUCCUUGCUAUCUCUUCUAACUCUUUCCUCUCUUCAGCAGCCGAAUCCCCUCCGGCAGUAGUCGACAUUGCCGGAAAGAUACUCCGGAUGGGCGUCGACUACUACAUUUUGCCAGUGGUACGUGGCAGAGGUGGUGGACUCACCCUAGACAGUAUUGGCGAUAAAACUUGUCCACUUGAUGCUGUUGUCCAAGAACAAAAUGAAAUCAACCAAGGCCUCCCGUUGACCUUUACACCCUUUAAUGCAAAGAAAAGCGUGAUUCGCGAAUCGACUGAUUUAAACAUCAUAUUCUCAGCAAAUUCCAUCUGUGUUCAGACAACCCUGUGGAAGCUUGGUGACUACGAUGAAAAGACCGGGAAAUACUUCAUUACAAUAGGUGGAAAUGAAGGAAAUCCCGGCAGGGAAACUCUAAGUAAUUGGUUCAAGAUCGAGAAAUUCGAACGCGAUUAUAAGCUGAUAUACUGUCCUACAGUAUGCAAAUUCUGCAAGGUCAUUUGCAAAGAUGUUGGCAUAUUCAUUCAGGAUGGAGUUAGACGUUUGGCUUUGAGUGAUGUCCCAUUCAAGGUCAUGUUUAAGAAGGCUUAAUAAAUAAUAACUCGUCAAUGAUUGGAGAAAAAAAAUGAUAGCAAUACUUAUUUGAAUGUCUUUGAGAUUAUGCUUAAAUGUAUUGGUAAUAACUAAUAAGAGAAGCAUGAGCUUCCGAAGUUUAAAAAAUAAAAUGCACGCUCACAUUGUUUUCCUUUGA